AUGUCCCCAGGCCGCUGUCGCUUUGCUCUGGGAAUGCAGGACGGGACCAUCCCCGACUUUCGCCUCUCGGCCUCCAGCGCUUGGUCAGACUCCACCGCCGCCCGCCACGGCCGGCUGGGCCGCAGUGACGGUGACGGCGCCUGGUGUCCGGCCGGGCCGGUGUUCCCGGCCGAGCAGGAGUUCCUGGAGGUUGACCUGGGCCGGCUGCACGUGGUGACGCUGGUGGGGACACAGGGACGCCACGCGGGGGGACACGGCCGCGAGUUCGCUCACCAGUACCGGCUGCGUUACAGCCGCGACCGGCGCCGCUGGCUGCGCUGGAGGGACCGCUGGGGAGCCGAGGUGAUCGGUGGCAAUGAGGACCCCGAGGGGGUGGUGCUGAAGGAUCUGGCGCCGGCGCCGGUGGCCCGGGCGCUCCGGGUGUACCCGCGGGCACCGCGCGCCAUGAGCGUCUGCCUGCGCCUCGAGCUCUACGGCUGCCCCUGGGAGGCCGGGCUCUUGUCCUACACGGCCCCACGGGGUCACGUCAUGGCCCUGGACCCCGUCCCCAUCGUCCUCAACGACUCCACCUACGACGGCUUCAGCGCUGGCCCGUUACACUUCGGGGGGCUGGGCCAGCUCUCAGACGGGGUCCUGGGCCUCGAUGAUUUCCUGAGGACCCGCGAGCGCCGCCUGUGGCCGGGCUACGACUACGUGGGGUGGCCACGCCCCCCCGGGCCACACCCACACGUGGAGCUGGAGUUCGAGUUCCAGGAGCUCCGGGCCUUCCACGCCAUGCAGGUCCACUGUAACAACCUCCACACGCGCGGGGUCGGAAUCUUCCGGGCGGUCGAGUGUCGCUUCAAGAAGAGCUUGGCCACGGCCUGGGAGCCCACGGUGGCCACCCACAGCCUGGCCGGGGCCAUCAAGGACCCCAGCGCCCGCUUGGUCACCGUCCCCUUGGGGGGGCGCCAUGCCCGAUUCAUCCAGUGCCGCUUCUUCUUCAGCGCCGAGUGGAUGCUCUUCAGUGAGGUCUCCUUCGUCUCAGAGGUGCUGGAUGACCCCACGGGUGCCAGCGGGUGGCCCCCGAGCCCUGAGCCCUCCGCCGCCAUCUUGGAAAAUACCCUCGAUGAGGGCGGAGCCACCAACGUCACCUCCCAGGUAGCCCCCGGGGAGCCCGGACUGGUCCCGCCGGUGGCCAAAGCCGAGCCCGGGCAGUCGCCGGCGCUGCUGGGCUGCCUGGGCGCCAUCAUCCUCCUGCUGCUGGCCCUCCUCAUCCUCACCCUGCGGCACCGCCUGUGCUCCGGGCCACUGGGAAAGGCUCCGGGCCGCGGGGCGGAGGCGGCGCUGCGGGUUCAGCUCUCGGGGGACACCGUGGUCAUCAACAACGCCACGGGGGGGGGAGGGGCUCGGGGGCUGCCCCGCUACGAGCGGAUCCCCCCCGGAACCGGAACCGGAAGUGGAACCGGAAGCGGAAGUGGGGAGUACCAGGAACCCACCCGGGCACGGCCCAGACCCCCCCCGCUGCCCCCUGGGGCUGCCAAUCCGGCCUAUCGGCUGCUCCUGGCCACCUACGCCCGACCAAUGGGAGGCCUCGCCCGGGCCACGCCCGACGGCGCCAAACCAAUCAACACCGACGGUGAGCCCGAGGGGGGGGCGGGGGCCUACGCCGAGGCUGACGUCACCGGAGGCUCCGCCUACGCCCUGGCAGGCCCCGCCCACAGCCCCGCCCACGGCCCCGCCCUCCCCUCCUUCCCCCGGCACUGCCUGCGCUUCCGGGAAAAGCUGGGGGAGGGGCAGUUCGGAGAGGUGCUGCUGUGUGAGGUCAUCGCCCCCCACACCCUGGACUUGGCCACGCCCCCAGGGUCAGGCCCCGCCCCCUCGGCCGCAGGGCGCCCCCUGCUGGUGGCGGUCAAGGUGCUGCGGCCGGACGCCACCAAGAACGCCCGGCGGGAUUUCCUGCAGGAGGCGCGCACCCUGGGCCGGCUGCGGGACCCCAACAUCGUGCGGCUGCUGGGGGUGUGCGCGGGGCCCGGCCCCCUGUGCAUCGUCACCGAGUACAUGGAGCACGGAGACCUGCACCAGUUCCUGGGGAAAAAAAAAAAGAUAAUUAAAAGCAGAAAAUCCUAAAACCUCGCGAGUUUUUUUUGCAGUUUUUCCACUUUGCUCCACGUCGGCGCCCAAAUCGCGUCCGGGAUGCGAUUCCUGGCACGCAGGAAUUUCGUGCACCGGGAUUUGGCCACCAGGAAUUGCCUGGUGGGCGACGGAUUCACCGUCAAAGUGGCCGAUUUCGGGAUGAGCCGAAAUCUUUACGCCGCCGAUUAUUAUCGGGUACGGGGCCGGGCNNGAAUUCCCAAAUUUUGGGGAUUUUAGGGGACGUUCAGCCCGGCCAGCGACGCCUGGGCCUUCGGGGUGACGCUCUGGGAGGUGCUGACGCGCUGCCGGGAGCAGCCGUACGGGGCCCUGAGCGACGAGCAGGUGAUCGCCAACGCCGGGCACCACUUCCGGAACCGCGGGCAACAGGAGUACCUGCCCUGCCCCCCCGGCUGCCCCCCGGCCCUGCACCGGCUGAUGUUGAACUGCUGGGCCCGGGAGGCGACCGAGAGGCCGGACUUUGGCCACCUGCACCGGACCCUGAUGACCAUCAUCAUCAUCAGCAUCAGUGACCUCAUCAUCAUCAGUGACCUCAUCAUCAUCAUCAUCAUCAGCAUCAAUGACCAUCAUUAUCAGCAGCAGCAUCAUCAGUGA